AUGCCUUGCCGCAGCUCCCUCCGUUUGGAGGCCAAAGCGCCUAAAGAUAGCUCAAACUGUUUACGCACCUUGUCGCAGACCAAACAGGAGAACAGAGUCACCAAACCCAAAUCAGCCAAAACACUGAGUAAGAAGCAGGUGAAGGCGACACAAAAGGUAGCCACGUGUCUGGCCGACCUUUUGAAGCACGACCUUUUAGAGCACGACCUCGACCACGAACACGAACACGAAGAGUUGGCAAAGGCCCUGGCAGAAGCGCAGGCUAUCUUCCCCGCGUUACCCAGUGACUUAGAGCCUCCUCGCCCUCUUAGCGAACUCACACCGAGCGAGCAUCUUGACUACGUGAAGACACUCACGCAACGUCGCGAUGAAAUGGCCGCCAGCAUCCGCCAGAGGGAUGCAUUGAAUGGCCUGAUCGAAAGGUAUAACUCGAAGCGCCGCCUCGACAGUUUACAGUUGGCUACUUCUGAAUGA